AUGUCACAACGUGUGGAAGACCAAAUCGCUGGCGUACAAGACGACAGCUAUAAAAGCCCGGUUCAUCAAGAACAUGGGGGCAGUUCGACUCUUAUACGAGAGCCUUUGCGCGCAAACUAUUGGAAUUUACGAUUCAUCGUCGUUUUUAUUUCUAUCUCUUUUGGAUUCAAUGCCGCCAUGCUUGCAACAUCAACAAGUUGGAAUUCUCUCUCGACUGGGAUCCCAGAAACCCUUGACUCGGAUUUUGUUGGUCGACGCUGGAUUUUCGUCAUUGCCAAUCUUAUUGCUUUUGUUGGGUUCAUCGCAGUUGGACGAGCUUCCACUCAAUCGACGAUAGUAGGACUGGGUGUCCUGGUCGGCAUCGGGACUGGCGUGCAGAUUAUCGGACCGUUUCUGGCACUGGCGGACAUGGUUCCUGCUCACGAGCGCUUCACGAUCGUAGGGGCUUGCAUAUGUUUGUUGGCUCCAAUCUAUGCAAUGCAUUCUGCCAUUGCCCAAGCGUUACUCGAGAAAGCCGCCGAUGGCUGGCGCUGGACGUAUUCUAUUAAUGCAAUAUUUUCGUUCGCAGCCUUCCUCGGACUGCUGUUCUUUUAUCACCCUCUCUCCUACCGGCAGCUGCAUGACAACCCAGAGUGGGAACACCACAAGCAGAAGGAUUGGACUGGGUUGAUUGCUUUGGCAACACUGCUCGGGGUCUUGACUUAUUUUCUUCUCUGGGGACAGACCAUUUAUGCGUGGAAAAGCGCACAGAUGAUUGCUUUGGUCACGAUAUCAGGUGUGGCUCUCACCCUGUUCUUAGUAUAUGGGCUGGUGGGUGGCUGGAUUGCAGCUGCAAUUGCUCUGGUCCGGCCUAAAUUCGUGAAGUGGCAUCUUCUGUUCGGUGUUGUGUUUCUGAUGGUGUUCCUCUCGGCUUCGGCCACCCUCAAUCCUACUCGACACCGAUCGUCUUUGGCAUUCCUCACUCUUAUAGGCUUCGGCGAAGGCUAUUGUAUGCUUGUCAGCUACGUUACAGGGCCUCUAGCGGCUCACAAGCGUGACAUGGGGCUUGUUGCUGGACUCAUAUCCGGGUUUCGCAGUCUCUUUUAUGGUGUCCUUGGUUGUGUUUUCAUGGCUAUUUUUGAGCCACGGCUCCAAAGAAGAAUGGUUACCAAUGUCACUGAGGUGGUCUUAGCUGAUGGACUUCCUCAGACAUCACUAGUUCCACUCUUCAGUGCUAUCCAGGCUGCUUUGACAUCUGGUGAUUCUUCAGGAUUGCUUAAAGUCUCAGGAGUCACCUUGCCUAUGGUGGCGGAUGUAUUUGGGGGUGUAGCCAGAGCUGCUGCAAAUGCCUGGCGCUUUAUCUUUGAACUUGGAAACAUCUACUUUAUUUUAGUUAUCAUCUUGGCCCUGCUCUCAGCCGACACAGACAAACUCUUAUCCAAGAAAGAUAGAGGCUCGUCUUAG